AUGAUGGCUCCUACUACUGGAUUCACAGAUGAUUCCAUUUGCAAUAAUAGUUUAAUGAUAAAAACAAAAGUACAUCUUUCCUUAUUGAAGUCAAGUCCAUAGCUGAUGCAACAGAUGGUGAUAUUUUGGAUAUUUUGCUCCUCUUGCAGCCGAUAAAGAUAUUAGAUUGGUCAAAAUAAAGUACCAAAGGAUCCAAGAAUGAAAGAAUAAAAAGAUUUGCUUUUGUUGAAUUCUUUAGUGUUUAAGACGCAGAAAAUGUUUAUAGAUAUGUUACUCAAAAUGAAGUCAGACUUAAUGGUGAUUAACUGAUAAUCUAAUACUCCAGAAAUAACAGAGCUUCACGAUAUGAAGACCACUCAAAACCAUUUGGGUAUUUUAUAAGACUAAACUUAGAUUCUAUCCAAAUAACUAAUUUGUGAUUUAACCAUAAGGACACUUACAACCAUAGAUUCCAUCACAACUUAAUUCAUAAUAACAGCCAUAAUAACCAUAGGAUAUUAUUCAAUAACAACAAUAAUCUCAAAUUUAAAUACCAAUUCAAAUGUAAAUGCCAACACCUCCUCCUAUUUCAAUCCAUUAAAUUUCAUAAAUUCCACCUCUCUCACACAACCAACCAACAAAAACUUAAUCUAUUCCCAAUUACCAAAAUAAAUGUCAGAAAUCUCUAUUGUGUAGCCAAUAAUUUAAGCGCCGUAUUAAGCAGCCUAAUUGGCUUAAGAGAGAAUCAUAUUGAAAUAAGAACAAAAACUUCCUUUAUCAACUCUUUCCAUGAAUCUAAUGUCUACACUCCCACCCAAAAUUGAUAAUCCAAAACCUUAAUAAUAAUAGUAACCAAUUUAAUAAUAAUCUUAAUAAUAAAAAAAAUAAUAAAAAGCUGAAGAGACAGAAGAAGAUGUCAAAUCUGAUAAAGAGGAUGAUCAGCCGUCUCCUCUACCUGCAUAACCUAUAAAUAAAGUACAACCUCAAUUAACUGAAGCCUAAAGAAGGAAAAAAGCUGAAUUAGAAUUAAAAAAAUGGGAAAAAUAAUAACAAACAAAAAUACCAGGAUUAAAAGUUCCUCCUUCUAAAUCUAUUAUAAAUCAAGUAGAAUAGUAACUAGAUUGA